AUGGAAAUACUUAGCUUCAGGUAGUUGGGAUAAGUUGAUAUGCUUAUGGGAUGUUAAGACAGGGUAAUAAAAAGCAAAAUUAGAAGGCCAUACUUAAGAUGUAUACUCAGUCUGUUCUCUCCUGAUGGAAAUACUUUAGCAUCUGGUAGUUUGGAUAAAUCUAUACGGAUAUGGGAUGUUAAGAAAGGAUAAUAAAAAAUAAAUUAGAUGAUCAUGAUAAUUAUGUAAGAUCAGUCUGUUUCUCUCCUGAUGGAAAUAAUUUCGCAUCUUGUAGUGAUGAUAACUCUAUAUGUUUUUGGGAUGUGAAG